AUGCCUUUGAUAAGCUGCUUAGCAAAGUGUCCCAGAGCCCUCUUUUUUCCUCUAGGCCCAUGUUCUAGCGUAUACGGAUGUUAUGAUAAUCGAGCGGUCUCUUGGGUGAGACAUCGAGAUAUCCACUUGCUGACAGUGGGAAGGUACACGUACACUUCCGACCAAAGGUUCGAGGCCAUCCACCUCCCGCACACCGAAGAUUGGUCAUUGAGAAUACGUUAUCCUCAGAGGAAAGACUCCGGAAUCUACGAGUGUCAGAUCAGCACCACGCCUCCCAUUGGUCAUCCAGUCUAUCUCACUGUUGUCGGUGAGUGCGUUUUAUUGUAUUAUAACAUCAAUCGUAGUUGA